ACCGAACGACUUGGUGGCCCUGAUUGGCUGCUGUCACUAGUUACAAACAAGGCGUGCCUGGUCUCCGUGGUAACGCCCCGCCGAUACCGUUGAUUGGUUGAUGUCAUAAUCCCACCUUCCGUCCCGACCGCGAGGGGUUGAGUCCCUGGCGGGGAGCGGCGCGGCGGUGGUAUGUGUAGCGCUUGGGAUUCCCGAGCUGACGUGGCUUAGAUUGGGAAGGGGGCCGCUGGAGCCUCCGGCGGAAGCCGCUUCCAGAAAUGCUGAGCCGAUUAUCAGGAUUAGCAAAUAUUGUUUUACAUGAAUUAGCAGGAGAUAACACAGAUCAGAAUAUGACUGCUCCUUUAGCUCCUGAACUACCCCAGGAAUCAGACAUGGAGUUUAAUAAUAGAACACAAGAGGAUGUUCUGGAGCAGCUGGCUUACACAGAGCAGUUGGUGGUGGAACUAAAAGAUACUAUUAGACAAAAGGAUAUUGAACUACAGCAAAAGGAUGAACUUCUCCAGGAAGAAAGGAAAGCUGCUGAUAACAAAAUUAAAAAAUUAAAACUACAUGCAAAGGCCAAAUUAACUUCUCUGAAUAAACACAUAGAAGAAAUAAAGGCACAAGGAGCGACUGCUCUGCCUACAGAACCUCAGUCAGAGGACUCAUUCUCCAAGCAUAAUAAGAGUUCUUUGGAAGAGGAGAUGGAAGUAGAAAAGAUAAAACAUGACCUCCAGGAGAAGGAGAAACUUAUUAGCACUUUGCAAGCCCAACUUACCUGUGCACAGGCGGAACAAGUUGCACAGUUUGAUAAGAUUUCUGCAGAUAUGGAAGAAUUUGUACUGAUGAAGCAGCAGCUUCAGGAGAAGGAGGAACGCAUUAGCACUUUGGAAAACCAGCUCAGCCAGACACAGGCAGAGCAAGCUGCACAGUUGAGUUCCAUGCAGCAGGUGGUCCGAGAGAAAGAUGCCCGCUUUGAAACACAAGUUCGUCUUCAUGAAGAUGAGCUUCUUCAGUUAGUAACCCAGGCAGAUGUGGAAACAGAGUUGCAACAGAAAUUGAAGGUGCUGCAGAGGAAGCUUGAAGAGCAUGAAGAAGCCUUGUUGGGCCGUGCUCAGGUUGUAGCCUUGCUGCAACAGGAGCUGACUGUAGCUGAACAGAAAAAUCAGGUACUUUCGCAGCAGUUAAAGCAGAUGGAAGCUGAGCGUAAUACAUUAAGUAACACUAUUGAAGCAGAACGACAGGAGACCAAGAUUCUUAUGGAAAAGAUGGAACUUGAAGUAGCAGAGAGAAAAUUAUCCUUUCAUAACCUACAGGAAGAGAUGCAUCAUCUUUUGGGACAGGUUGACCAAGCAGGCCAAACCCAGGCUGAACUGGAGGCUAAGUGCCAGUCUUUAGAACAAAAGUACAAAGUAGAUAUGGAAGAGAAGACCUCUCACAUUUUGAGUUUUCAAAAGACUGAAAAAGAGCUACUGUCUGCCUGUGAUGCUCUAAAGGAUGAAAAUUCAAAACUUCUCCAAGAUAAAAAUGAACUGGCAGUUGAGUCAGCCCGGGCCAUUCAGCAGCUGGAAGAUCAACUCCAGCUAAAAGCCCAAGAAAUUAGCCAAUUUCUAAAUAAAACAACCUUGCAAAAAGAUGAAACAGCAUCUCAGACUUCUUUCCCAGAUGUUUAUAAUGAGGCAGUCACUGAAGAGAAUAUUGCCUCUUUGCAGAAGAGAGUGGUAGAACUAGAAAAUGAAAAGGGAGCCUUGCUUCUUAGUUCUAUAGAGCUGGAGGAACUGAGAGCUGAGAAUGAAAAACUCACUUCUCAGAUUGCUCUCCUGGAGGCUCAAAAUAGAACUGGAGAAGCACACAGUGGUGUCUCCGAGACCAACACGGUUGAUUCUACUGUGCUCAACAUGAACAGCUCUCCUACCGAUAAAGUUGAAGAUGUUGUAGAAAGCACAUCUUUUCAGAAACAUAAAGAAUUAUCAGUCUUAUUGGUGGAAAUGAAAGAAACUCAAGAAGAAAUUGCAUUUCUUAAAUCACAGCUCCAGGGCAAAAGGGCUGAGGAGGACCGUGAGAACCUAGACCACACUGAAAUGAAACAGAUGGAGAGUGAGGAAAUACCUCCAGUACAAAUGAAAGCAUCUCUUGAAGAUACAACACUAGAUUGUCCCGUAAUGCAAAAUGAAGAAAGCAAUGUUCCACCAUUUGAAAAAGAGGAACAGGCUAGCACAAACCACCAACAUGAGCCAUCCAAGGAAAUAUCUCUAAACGACACUAGAUUGGAAUUUAAAUCAACAGAGCAGGACAGUGUUGAUAAAGCCUCUUCUGCUGUGUUAGAUAUUGGUCAGUAUGAAGAUGAAUUGAAAAGGCUAAGAAGCCAACUUUUAGAGCUUGAGACAAGCUCUUAUAAGUCAGAAGAAAUCUAUGAGAAAACUUUAGGUGAGAAAGCUAAGGAAAUUAGCAGCCUAACCCAACUGGUUGAGGAAUUUAAGAAGAAGGCUGAAGUCACCAGUAUUGCAUUCACUACUUUGUCUGAAGAAAGAGACCAGCUUCUUUCUCAGGUGAAGGAACUUAAUGUUAUAGCCGAACUAAAGGCUCAUGUAAAAGAACUGGAAACUAACCUUUCAGAAGCAGAAAGGCAAAGAAGAAUGGACUAUGAAAGCCAAACGACUCAGCACAACCUGCUCACUGAGCAGAUCCACAGCCUCCACAUAGAAGCCAAAUCUAAAGAUGUGAAAAUCGAGGCCCUACAGAAAGAACUGGAUGAUGUCCAGCUGCAGUUUUCUGAGCAGAGCACUCUGAUGAAAAACCUGCAGAGCCAGCUGCAGGCAAAGGAAAGUGAAGUGCGAGAGGAGGCCGAGCGUGUGAAGGACAUCUCAAAUAAGGUGGAAGAGCUUUCACAGGUUCUUUCACAGAAGGAAGUUGAUAUAGCAAAAAUGGAUCAACUUUUACUAGAGAAAAAGAAAGAAGUAGAGAUGCUCCAAAAAACUAUUGAGGAGAAAGAUCAACAAGUGACAGAACUCAGUUUCAGUAUGACAGAGAAAGUGGUUCAGCUUAAUGAAGAGAAAUUUUCUCUUGGGGUUGAAAUUAAGACUCUUAAAGAACAGCUGAACUUAUUAUCUAGAGCUGAAGAAGUGAAAAAAGAACAAGUGGAAGAAGAUAAUGAAGUUAUUUCAGGCCGUAAACAUAAUUAUGAGGAAUCAAGCCCAGCAGGGUUAAUAAGUAAAGAAGAACUUCAGCAUGAAUUAGAUCGUCUAAAGAAAGAAAGUGAGCAAAGAAAGAGAAAGCUUCAGGCGGCUCUUAUUAACAGAAAAGAGCUUCUUCAUAGAGUCAGUACCUUAGAAGAGGAACUAGCCAAAGUGAGAGAUGAAUCCAGGAAAGAGACAGCACUCAGUGAGAGUGAGAGGAAGAAAACAGAGGAAGAUAAAGAGAACAAGGAAGACUCAGAUAAAUAUCUGACUUCUAAGUGGCAAGAAAUAGAAAUGUCCUUAAAGCAGACGAUAUCUGAAAAAGAAGCAGAACUAUUGCAUGUAAGGAAGGAUUUGGAAGAAAAGGUGGUAGCAGAAGAACAGUUACAGGCUUUGGUCAAGCAGAUAAAUCAGAACCUGCAAGAUAAGACAAAUCAAAUAGAUUUGCUUCAGGCAGAAAUCAGUGAAAGCCAAGCAGUCAUCCAGAAGUUAACUGCAGGUAACCAGGAUGCCAGCACUGGAAACUCAGCAGAACUUAUAAAAGAAACAUUAGAGCGCAACCCAGCCACUGCUGAUAGUGGAGAACACUGGAAAACAGAAAUGCAAGAAAAGACACUGAAUCUUGAAAAAGAAAAGGAGCAACUUCAAAAAAAACUUCAGGAAGCUUUGGCUUCACGCAAGGUGAUUCUAAAAAAGGCACAAGAGAGAGAAAGACUUCUUAAGGAGGAGCUAAAGCAACAAAAAGAUGAGUAUAAUUGCUUGCAAGAACAGUUUGAUGAACAAAGCAAGGAAAAUGAGAACAUUGGAACCCAACUAAAGCAACUCCAGAUUCAGUUAAGGGAGCCCAUAGACAGAAAACUCCCAGACACUGACCAGCAGGAACCAUGCUCUCCCACUCAAACAUCAGAAGAGCCUCUGUUCAAAGGCACUGAUCAGCAUCCUACUCAACUGAUGUUGGGGUCAAAUGUGUGCCCAGCCUUACCUUCUCAUCCUGGAGAUAAAAAUGUUCUCCAGGAUCAUACUUCUGUUGUCCAGAUUAAGGCCCAGUUGAAAGAAGUACAGGCUGAGAAAGAAGAAUUAGAAUUUAAAAUUAGUUCUGCAACAAGGGAGCUUACUAAAAAAUCAGAAGAAGUAUUUCAGUUACAAGAACAGAUAAAUAAACAGGAUUUAGAAAUCCAGAGUCUGAAGGCAUCAACCUGUGAAGCCGAAGCCCACGUCGAAAGCCUGAAGCAAGAAUUGGAAAGCAGUCAACUAGAAAUUGCUGGUCUAGAACAUCUAAGAACAUUACAGCCUGAGCUAGACAAACUUCAAAAACUCAUGAGCAAAAAGGAGGAAGAAGCCAGUUACCUUUCUGGGCGACUUAGCGAGAAAGAAGAAACUCUUAGUAAAGUACAGACAGAAAUAACAGAACAAGAGGAGUUGAUUAAAGCGCUGCACACACAACUGGAAAUGCAAGCCAAAGAGCAUGAUGAGAGAAUGAAGCAGUUACAGGUGGAACUUUGUGAACUAAAGCAGAAACCGAAAGAGACUGGAGAAGAAAGUAAAGAAAAGCAGCAGAUACAGAGGAAACUGCAAGCUGCCCUUAUUUCCCGAAAAGAAGCACUCAAAGCGAAUAAGAGUCUCCAAGAGGAGUUGUCUUCAGCCAGAGAUACCAUUGAACACCUCACGAAGUCUCUGGCCAAUGUGGAAAGCCAAGUUUCUGCUCAAAAUAAGGAAAAUGAUGCAUUCUUAGGAAGGUUGGCUCUUCUUCAGGAAGAAAGAGACAAACUCAUUGCAGAAAUAGACAGGUCCUUACUGGAAAAUCAAAGUCUCAGUGGCUCUUGUGAAAGUCUGAAACUAGCUCUAGAGGGUCUUACUGAAGACAAGGAAAACUUGGUAAAGGAAAUUGAAUCCUUGAGAUGUUCAAAGAUUGCAGAGAAUACUGAAUGGCAAGAGAAACAUAAGGAAUUACAAAAAGAGUAUGAAAUUCUCCUGCAGUCCUAUGAGAAUGUUAGUAAUGAAGCAGAAAGGAUUCAGCAUGUGGUAGAAACUGUGAGACAAGAGAAGCAGGAACUGUAUGGAAAGCUAAGAAGCUCAGAAACAAACAAAAAAGAGACAGAAAAGCAGUUACAGGAAGCUGAACGAGAAAUGGAUGAAAUGAAAGAAAAAAUGAGAAAGUUUGCUAAAUCCAAGCAACAGAAAAUCUUAGAGCUAGAAGAAGAGAACGAUCGCCUUAGAGCCGAGGCACACCCUGAGGGAGGUACAGCUCAGGAACGUAUUGAAGUACUUCUUUCUUCAAAUUCCAGCAUGAAGGAAGAACUAGAAAGGGUCACAACAGAGUAUAAAACACUUUCGAAGGAAUUUGAGGCCUUAGUGGCCGAGAAAGACAUCCUAAGUGAAGAAGUUCGAGAUUUAAAGCAUCAAGUAGAAAGUAAUGUAUCUAAACAUGUCAGUCUAGAGGCCACAGAACACCCUAAUAACCACCAGGAUGCCAUAGAAGAAGGCGCACAGGCUGUGCCAGGCAACGUUCAAAAGCAAGAAUCUCUGAGUGUGAGCACAAAGCCUGAUGAAGACAAAGGUGUUUUCUCAGAGAACAUUGCCAAGCCUGACGUGAGUGAGAAUUUCAGCUCACAUGAUGAAAUUAAUAACUGCUUACAGCAGCUUGAUCAGCUUAAAGAAAGAAUUACUGACUUAGAAUUGGAGAAGCAGAAAGACAAAGAAUUUAGUCAGACUUUAGAAAAUGAGAAAAAUGCUUUACUGAGCCAAAUAUCAACAAAGGAUAGUGAACUAACAAUGCUUCGAGAAGAAGUAACCAAAAUAAACCUGUUAAAUCAGCAAAUCCAAGCAGAACUCUCCAGAGUAACCAAAUUAAAAGAGACAGCAGAAGAAGAAAAAGAUGAUUUAGAAGAGAGGCUGAUGAAUCAACUAGCAGAACUUAAUGGAAGCAUUGGGAAUUAUUAUCAGGAUGUUACAGAUGCCCAAAUAAAAAAUGAGCAACUACAAUCUGAAAUGCAGAACCUUAAAAAGUGUGUGAGUGAAUUGGAAGAAGAAAAACAGCAGCUAGUCAAGGAAAAAAACCAGGUAGAAUCAGAAGUACGAAAGGAAUAUGAAAAAAUACAAGGUGCUCACAAAGAGCCUGGCAGUAAAAGCCAUGCAAAAGAACUGCAGGAGUUGUUAAAAGAAAAGCAACAAGAGGUAAAGCAAUUGCAGAAGGACUGUAUAAGGUAUCAAGAGAAGAUUAGUGCUCUGGAAAAAACUGUUAAGGCUCUAGAAUUUGUUCAGACCGAAUCCCAGAAGGAUUUAGAGAAAACCAAAGAAAAUUUGGCCCAAGCAGUUGAACACCGCAAAAAGGCACAAUCAGAAUUAGUUAGUUUCAAAGUAGUACUUGAUGAUACUCAGAGUGAAGCAGCAAGGGUCUUAGCAGACAAUCUCAAGUUGAAAAAAGAACUUCAGUCAAAUAAAGAAUCAGUGAAAAGCCAAAUGAAACAAAAAGAUGAAGAUCUUGAGCGAAAAUUGGAACAGGCGGAAGAGAAACACCUGAAAGAGAAGAAGAACAUGCAAGAGAAGCUGGAUGCUUUGCAUAGAGAAAAGGGCCACUUUGAAGAGAUGAUGGAAGAGAUUCAGGUUACUUUAAGCAAGAAAGACAAGGAGAUGAAGCAACUGCAGGAAAACUUGGACAGUACGGUGGCCAAGCUUGCAGCCUUCACUAGGAGCAUGUCUUCCCUCCAAGAUGAUCGUGACAGAGUGAUAGAUGAAGCUAAGAAGUGGGAAAGAAAGUUUGGUGAUGCCAUUCAAACCAAAGAAGAAGAAAUUCGACUCAAAGAGGAGAACUGCAAUGUUUUAAAGGAUCAACUUAGACAAAUGUCUAUCCAUGUGGAGGAAUUACAGAUCACUAUUUCCAGGCUAGAACAUGACAAGCAGAGUUGGGAGGCAAAGGCCCAGACAGACAUCCAGCAUCACCAGAAGGUUUGUGAUACUUUACAGGGGGAAAACAAAGAACUUCUCUACCAGCUAGAAGAGACUCGACACCUGUACCAUAAUUCUCAGAAUGAAUUAGCUAAAUUGGAAUCAGAACUUAAGAUUCUCAGGGACCAGGCAACUGAUUUAAAUGAGUCUUUAGAAAAAUGUAAGGAUCAUAAAGAAAAUCUGGAAGGCAUCAUAAAGCAGCAAGAAGCUGAUAUCCAGAAUUGUAAAUUCAAUUGUGAACAACUAGAGACUGAUCUCCAGGCCUCCAGAGAGCUGACUGGGAAGCUGCAUGAAGAAAUAAAUACGAAAGAACAGAAGAUUAUAAGUCUGCUUUCUGACAAGGAAGAAGCAAUCCAAAUAGCUGUUGCCGAACUGCAUCAGCAGCAUGAUAGAGAAAUUAAAGAACUAGAAAACCUGCUGUCCCAAGAGGAAGAAGAGAAUAUUGUUUUAGAAGAGGAAAACAAAAAAGCCUUUGACAAAACCAAUGAGCUUAUAGAUACGCUUGAAAUUAUCAACAAAGAAAACAUUCAACUUAAGAUUCAGUUGGAUUCUUUUGUUAAGUCCAUGGCCUCUCUCCAGGAUGACCGAGAUCGAAUAUUAAGUGACUAUCAGCAGCUGGAAGAGCGACAUCUCUCUAUAAUCCUGGAAAAAGACCAACUCAUCCAAGAUGCUGCUGCUGAAAAUAAUAAGCUUAAGGAAGAAAUUCGAGGGUUGAGAGGUCAUAUGGACGAUCUCAAUUCUGAAAAUGCCAAGCUAGAUGCAGAACUGAUCCAGUAUAGGGAAGACCUGAACCAAGUGAUUACAAUAAAGGACUGUCAGCAAAAGCAACUUCUUGAUGCUCAACUGCAGCAAAAUAAGGAGCUGAAAAAUGAAUGCGUAAGGUUAGAAGAAAAGCUGAAGGAGUCUGAGGAAGCAAAGAAAAAUCUGCAGAGAUCUUCAGACGUCCUCCAAGAGGAGAAAUUUGGUUUAUCUAAAGAAGUGGAGAGCUUGAAAUCAUCUGUAUCCCAAAUGAAGAAACAGGUAACAGCCUUGCAAGAAGAAGGUACUUUAGGUGUAUAUCAUGCCCAGUUAAAUGCGAAAGAGGAAGAGGUUGAAAGGUUAAAUACAGUACUUUCCUCCUCUCAGAAGAGAAUUACAGAACUGGAAGAGGAAUUAGUUUCUGUUCAAAAGGAAGCUAGCAGGAGGGUAGAAGAAAUGGAGGAUAAACUGAAGAAGGAAUUAAAGCAUCUCCAUCAUGAUGCAGGGAUAAUGAGAAAUGAAACUGAAACAGCAGAAGAGAGGGUGGCAGAACUAGCAAGAGAUCUGGUGGCAGUGGAACAGAAGUUAUUCAUGGUCACCAACGAAAAUAAGGAUCUCAUGGCACAAGUUCAGUCUUUUGGCAGGUCUAUGGAUUCUUUGCAAAAUAGUAGAGAUCAUGCCAAUGAAGAACUUGAUGAGCUCAAGAGGAAGUAUGACACCAGUCUGAAGGAGUUGGCCCAGCUGAGAGAACAAAAGGGCCUCCUAAAUGCAGAGAGCGAUACUUUGCUUUCUCAAGCUGCCUUUCCCCUGAGCACCACUGAGGACAGUUUUUCUCGCCUUGAGAAACUUAACCAGCAGCUCAUAUCCAAAGAUGAGCAACUGCUUCACUUGUCCUCACAACUAGAGGAUACCCACAACCAAGUGCAGUCCUUUUCCCAGGCCAUGGCCAGUCUUCAGAAAGAAAGAGACCAUCUAUGGAGUGAGCUGGAGAAAUUGCGGAAGUCCGAAGAUGGGAAGCAGAGAUCUGCAGCUGCAGCCCAGCCCACCCUGAGCCCAGCAGAAGUACAGAGUUUGAAAAGAGCCAUGUCUUCUCUCCAGAAUGACAGAGACCGACUACUGAAGGAAUUGAAGAAUCUGCAGCAGCAGUACUUACAGAUUAAUGAAGAGAUCACUGAGUUACGACCAUUAAAGGCUCAGCUCCAAGAGUAUCAAGAUAAGACAAAAACGUUUCAGAUGAUGCAAGAAGAGCUCAGGCAGGAAAACCUCUCCUGGCAGCAUGAGCUCCAUCAGCUGAGGAUGGAGAAGAGUUCGUGGGAAAUGCAUGAAAGGCGAAUGAAGGAGCAAUACCUUAUGGCUAUCUCAGAUAAAGAUCAACAGCUUGCUCAUUUGCAGAAUCUUCUAAGGGAAUCGAGGUCUUCUUCUCAGCCUCAGACUCUCAAAACACAAUACCAAAGACAGGCAUCUCCAGACACUUCAGCUUCCUUACCUGGCUCACAGAACCUAGUUUAUGAGAUAGAACUUCUAAAGACCCAGCUCAAUGACAGCUUAAAGGAAAUUCACCAAAAAGAAUUAAGGAUUCAACAAUUAAACAGUAAGUUCUCUCAGCUACUCGAAGAGAAAAACACCCUGUCCAUCCAGCUGUGCAAUACCAGCCAGAGUCUCCGGGAGAACCAGCAGCACUGCAGUAACCUCUUUAACCACUGUACAGCCUUGGAGAAACAGGUGCAGGAGCUGCAGGCGGUGCCACCCAAUGCGGAUGUUGCUCCAGGAGCUCCCCAGGAAAAGAAUGGAGUUUAUAGAAAGAGUGAACCUGAGGAAGUGAAGGAGCUACAGCAAAGCUUUUCUGAAGCCCCACAGCAACUGUGCAAUACUAAACAAGAAAUGAAUGAAUUAAGGAAACUACUGGAAGAAGAACGAGACCAAAGAGUGGCUGCGGAGAAUGCCCUCUCUGUGGCAGAGGAGCAGAUCAGGCGGUUGGAGCACGAUUGGGACUCUGUCCGCACUCCUAUCAUUGGCUCCUGUGGCACUCAGGAACAGGCCCUGUUAAUAGAUCUUACAAGCAGCAGCUGUCGAAGGAGCCGGAGUGGCGCUGGAUGGAAGCGAGUACUGCGUUCACUCUGCCAUUCCCGGACCCGAGUGCCAAUGCUGGUGGCCAUCUACCUUAUAAUGGUUCAUGUCCUACUCAUUCUGUGUUUCACCGGUCAUCUAUAAACUUAGUUGUUACCAUUUGGACCACCCCUCUUAGAACUUGGAAUUCCCUCACAUCUAAUGUUGGAACUGUCAAUUCCAGUGGAAUAGUCUUCCCAUGUACAGGUUAUCUUCUCCAACUUUCCAUGGGAAGUGCCUGCAAAAACAAGCUGCUGUGAGAACAGGUUCAAGCUGCGGGGCCCAGCAAGUCUGCUAUCUGCUACUGACUGCCCAGGCCCUGAACACGUCUGCCGAAUUUGAGAAGCCUCACAGUUGGUUUUGCUGAGCCUAGCAUUUGUUCAGAUUUUGCAGGUCCUCAUCUUUUAUGGUCCUGUAAAGUACUAAGACAUGUUUCUGCCAAGCCAAGAGGAUGGUUCCAAUAAAUCAACAAUCUGAAGUUCAGUAUCAUUUUGAUGAAUAACUUUCUUUGCCUCACUGCCUCUGUUUUUCCUGCUCCAGGAGGAAGGUAAACAGUUGUGGGGAAUGAACACAUCACCUCAGAGGAUAUGUAUCCCGGUUUCUUUCAGAGGAUGGAAACUAGAUCUCUUCGGGAGUUUAACUGUUGGGCCACAGGGAAGGGUAGAAUCAUCCUUUCUGUUCUGACUACCCCAGAGAGUUAUUGGUCUUGGACUGUAAAGACAGGACCCCAUUGGCAUAUGCCUUUGACCACAGGUAGGCUAAGUUAUUAAGUAGUUGGUGCCUGUCCUGUCACUGAAAAUCAGGAAUAACCAGCUAUGAACUACAGGGGUCAGAUUCAUGUCAUUCCUGUUGGUAUACCUCCAUGUGUAUUCUGAGUCAGUGCCAGAAGCCAGCAGGAGCCAGUCCAAGUUGGGGCAUUGGCCCUCGGCUGGGGUCUGACUGAUCUGAUGGCCAUACUGCAGCUCCUGGCUUCUGGAAGUACUGAGCUACUAUGCUGUUGGCAAUAGUUUAUUCUUGCUUCUCACCCUGUAGUUAACCACCCUCUGUGGGAACGGGAGGCUGAGCAAAUGGAAGAAUAUAGAGAAAACAAAUCUAGACCUGAGAACAAGAGCCAGGAGUGAAUUCCACUGUGCCUGUUUUUCAUUCCCUCCCCUUGCCAGUUGGUUGUUUCUUCAUUACACCACCUAAGGACAAGAGAAGACUGGUGGACUAACUAAUCUGCUCUAAAUCUUUGGUUUGUGGUGAUUAAUCUGGGUUAUAGUAACAUUCCUGAACUACUGUAAAAUAAUAAAAACUAUUUUUAGAAUGAUAAA